AAGACACACUGCGGAGUUCAGCAGAGGAGAGAUGAAGAGAGCUGGAGACAGAGACCAAACCGACAUCACAGAGCUGUGAACACACAGGAGCUCAUGCACACACGCUGCCUGUGAAUUCAACUCCACGUCUCUGACACUAAGCUGCUCUGCUGUGGACUUCAACGGCCGCAUCUGUGAUUAUUCUGGGCUGGACCCCCUUUGGACUGUGUCUUAACAUGCUGGGAGUUCAAAGUGAUGCUCUGCUGGUUGGCUUGAUGGUUUGGAUGGGAAUCUUAUGGGGAGAGAUCACAACCCAAGAUGAGUCUGGUUUGACUCCUCCACCAAGCCUUGCACCAGUGAUGCAGGUACCAGCCCCUAAAGAAACCCCCAGAGGAGUUGCAUCCAUAGGACAGGACUUCCUAGAGUCUGUUCUUUCUCGUAAGGAUCAUCUUCUGGCCCAGAAGGGUGUGACUCUUCCCAGCAGUUUACCCCCUAAUCUGGUACCCAUGUUGGGGAAGGGGCUGGAGGCCGGAGCAGAGGCCCAGUCCCCUGACCAGCUCCUCUUGAGGAAGAUGCUCCCUGCACACAGUGCCACUGGCCGACCUACUUUACCUCCAGCCUAUGACCUCCCCACCGAACCCCCAGAGGCCGUCGCAACGCCCAGCUGGGAUACCGAUGCUCCGACCCCACACCAGAAACCUUUGGGCACCGCUGCGGUUCCCACCACUGUGAAUGCUGAAACAGAGUCUGGUGUUUUCACCUCAGCUGUAACAAACUGCAGGGUCAAUUUCACCGACCCAGAGGGCUACAUCGAUUCUUCAGACGAUCCUCCCCUCCCUGAAGGAGCGUUCCUGCAGUGCACUUAUACAGUGACUGUCUACAUGGGCUACGGUGUGGAGCUACAGGUCAAAAGUGUCAACCUGUCAGAAGGCGAGCAGCUGUCAAUCAGAGGGGUAGAUGAAGCCGGGGCCCUGCUGGUUCUGGCCAAUCAGACGCUUCUGGUGGAUGGUCAGGUGAUCCGCAGCCCGACCAAUAUGCUGUCUGUGUUCUACCGCUCAUCUCCAGAGGGAGGAGUCGGCAUAUUCCAGCUGCAUUAUCAAAUUUUUCGCCUGAGUUGUGCUCUACCUCGACGGCCUCAUUUUGGGGAGGUGUCAGUAAAAGAUCUGCAUCCCGGAGGCACGGCCCAUUUCCAGUGUCACAUGGGAUACCACCUGCAGGGGGACGCCACACUCACGUGUCUCAAUGCCUCGCUGCCGGUGUGGAGCCAACAUGAGCCAAGCUGCAGAGCUUUGUGUGGAGGGGUUGUAAAAAAUGCCACAGUGGGCCGUGUACUGUCCCCCUCACCCCAUCCGGGCCCUAACAGCACCCUGGACCGCAGCUGCUCUUGGUCCCUGGAGGCUCCUAACGGCCAGAGGCUGCACCUGCAUUUGGAGAGAAUGGUGUUGGGUCCGACAGACAGGCUGGUCUUAUGGAGCGGCCUUGAUGCAGGGUCAGUGGUCCUGUUUGAUUCCGGGCGUGGCGGUCCCAUCCCGUUUGAGGGAGUGAUCAGCGAAGGUCCGGCUGUUCGGGUCCAGUUUAUAACAGACCAACCUAAUAGUCACAACACUGGAUUCAAUAUGCGUUAUGAGGCAUUUGAGAAGGGCCACUGCUAUGAGCCAUACAUCCAAAAUGGAAACUUCAGCACGACUGACCCGACUUACGGCGUGGGAACGGUGGUGCAGUUCACCUGUGACCCCGGGCACUCGCUGGAGCAGGUGCCGCCCGUCAUCGAGUGCAUCAACACACGAGACCCCUACUGGAAUGAUACAGAGCCCCUCUGCAAAGGUAGAAUCAGCUGGAGGAUUCACGUCGGCGAGGACAAACGCGUCCUGCUGGACGUGCAGCUCUUGAAUCUGAGCGACAGUGAUAUGCUAACCAUUUUGGAUGGGGAUGAGGUCACAACACGUAUAUUGGGGCAGUUUGUUGGGGGAACCACGGUGUCACACAAUGACUCGUGUCCAGACCUCCCUGAGAUCCAGAACGGCUGGAAGACCACUUCUCAUGUGGCGCUUGUGCGUGGAGCCCGUAUCACAUAUCAGUGUGACCCGGGGUACGACCUGGUGGGCAGUGAAACCCUGAUCUGUCAGGUGGACCUGAGCUGGAACACGCAGCCUCCGUUCUGCGAGAAGAUUAUGUACUGCACAGACCCUGGACACGUGGAGCACUCCACACGCACACUGUCUGAUCCCAAACUCUUGGUUGGCACCACUAUCCAGUACAGCUGCAUUCCCGGAUACAUCCUGCAGGGCGGCGCCACUCUCACUUGCUAUGGUCGAGAACCUGGCACCCCUGUUUGGACGUCUCGCUUGCCUCAUUGCGUUUCGGAAGAGUCAGUGUCCUGUGAGAAUCCUGGCCUUCCUGACAAUGGGUACCAGAUAUUGUCUAAAAGGCUUUACCUACCAGGAGAGUCUGUAACCUUCAUGUGCUUCCAAGGCUAUGAGCUUAUUGGUGAGAUGGCUAUCAAGUGCAUUCUGGGAAAUCCCUCUUUUUGGAGUGGUCCAUUACCUCUUUGCAGAGCCAAUCAUGAAUGCUCUAGCAAUCAUGCACUAGAGGUGGCUGAAGCCAUGGCAGACUCUUCUUUUGAUGGGGGAAGUAUGGCUCUAGCAAUAUUUAUACUGGUGCUGCUAGUAUCUGUUUUACUGGGAGGAGCCUACAUCUAUGUCACGAGGUGCCGUUAUCAUUCAAACCUGAGACUUCCUCUGAUGUAUCCGCAUCCCUACAGCCAGAUCACCGUGGAAACCGAGUUUGACAACCCUCUCUACGAGACUGGAGGGGACACAAGAGAGUAUGAGGUGUCCAUAUGAAGAGGCCCACAGACACAUCCCGUACUGCUCCAGUGCUUACAGGAAGUGAUGUAAAUAGAUCCUGACAACUCCACUCUCCCCACCUCCCCAACCUUAAGAGGACAGAGAGGGGCGUGAAGGGAACGGGGCUGUGAAACAGGAAGUACCAGUGCAGAGAUUGUUUGGCCAGUAGACGUUACCGUGGUUUUACAACAUGUGAUUCGACACGUAUGCGCUCACAGCCGGAGGUUCUUAUUCUGCCAUUCACAAACAUGUGUGUGUGUGUGUGUGUGUGUGUGUGUGUGUGUGUGUGUCCAGCGAGUGGAAAAUAACAAGUGAAGAGUUUGCACAGUGUUCUUACAUGACUUACGGGACAGUUUAACCCUGGAGUUCGUAACCCCUUUGCUCCGAUACGAAGGGGUGGUAGUGGCGCCGUCCUGUGUCUGUCUGUGGCCCGUCCUGCCUGCUGUCAUUUUUAAGUCUUUUUACUUAGAGCAGUUCGUAGUGCAGGUUUUAAAGUAGUAUUUUUCCCCUGCAAGUGACGUCCUACUGCAGCAGAGAGCAGAUGAUGUAUUUAUUUUGAAGUAUAUGUGAAAUGUUCUCUGCUGAUUAAUGAAUACUUCAUUUUGGAGAUCA